GUGUCAAGUACCGUUCUGCAGUUCUAUUAGCAAAAACCAUUAUCUAAAAUUAGAUCCUUAAUCAGUUCGCAAAUCCUCUUCGAUAAAGCAAACAACCAAAAACGACAGUGCUAUAAACAAAAUAUUUUUUUAUCUUGUUGUUUAUCCGUAUAGUAUAAUCGGGUUUUUAUUCUUAAUCCCUAUUCACGAUCUCGGCAAUAUCCGAACGUUAAGAAAAAAACCUUAGCGUCUUAAAAUGAUCAAGAUGCUAUCUAAAUUCACUUGAGCCAUAUCGGCGGGUACCGGUUUUAAGGAUCAAAAUAUCGCUGUAUAUAAACUUGAACGGAUAUUUCAAACUGUUACUUUCACAUCGAACGAAAUAGAGAGUCAACUUCGAUUUCUGGGCACGAGUUCUUUGUAUUGUAGAGUGAGAAUACGAAUUGGACGAUAGAAUAGGUGUAGGUGUCAGUGAAUUGUUUUCAUACCUCUCUAUAUCGCCUAUCAGGUAAUUUCAAUGGAGAUAAAUGAACAAGUGUUAUUCAGAAUCAUGCUGAAAUAACCAAACCCUAACCACAAAUACAGUGAAGCGCAUUUCAUUAUUGUUUUGUUGUAUGUUAGGAGAAUAUCUUUUUUAUAGUCUAUUGAAGAAAUCUAGACAUGAAGAUUUUUAUUUUAUUCUGCUUCCUAGGCAUUGAAUAUAUUAGUGCAUUAUCAUCCCCAUGGUCUUGGGAAUGCAAAAACGAAAGAUGUACCAAAAAGGAGAUUUUAAAAGGCGAAGAAGAGAAGGCCGUAUCUUUGGAAGCAUGUCAAAUGUACUGUUCGAGGAACUCGGGUCUUUGGCCAAAACCAACAGGAAAGGUUGAUAUCAGCAACAAUCUAGUGCCCCUAAAUCCAUCUCAAAUUGAAAUAAACUCAAGAAGGACAAGUCCCCUCACUGCUAAAGCUGCAAAGCUGUUCAAAGAAGACCUCAUUAGCAGAAUAGCAACAACUAGAGAUUCUGCCAAUAAUGAUGGAAAGCCUCUUUCUAUCAACAUCUUCCUCACUGAACCAGAUACAGAUAAGCUCACCUUAGAAACAGACGAGAGUUAUAACUUAAUAUUAGCUCCUGAUGACAAAGGAAAAGUACAAGUUAAUAUCACUGCACCUAAUUUUUACGGUAGUAGACAUGGUCUGGAAACUCUUGGCCAACUUAUAAUUUAUGAUGAUUUGAGAAAUAAGCUUAUGGUUCCCUCGACUGCUUACAUUGUUGAUAAACCAGCCUACCCUUACAGAGGAAUUCUUUUGGAUACCUCGAGAAAUUACAUAUCGGUGGAUGCUAUAAAGAAAACGAUCAAUGGUAUGGCUGCUUCUAAGCUGAAUACUUUCCACUGGCAUAUAACAGAUAGUCAUAGUUUUCCAUAUGUUUCCAAAUCAAGGCCAGAACUAUCCCUUUACGGGGCGUAUUCCCCAAAGAAGGUAUACACAGAAAAAGAUAUUGAAGAAAUUGUAGACUUCGCUAAAUCUAGAGGUGUCAGAGUUAUGCCAGAAUUUGAUGCUCCUGCUCAUGUUGGAGAAGGAUGGCAAAAAACUGGAUAUGUGAUUUGUCUAAAUGCUCAGCCUUGGGGUAGUUAUUGCGUCGAACCACCAUGUGGCCAAUUCGACGUCACCAAAGAUGGUCUUUAUGAUGCUUUGGAAGAUAUUUAUGGGGAUAUGGUGGACCAAUUCGAUCCUGAUAUCUUCCAUAUGGGAGGGGAUGAAGUCCACUUCACGUGCUGGAACAACACCAAGAGCAUCACAGACUGGAUGGCCAAAAAGGGUUGGGGAAGAGAGGAGAAAGAUUUCGCCAAACUAUGGGGUUACUUCCAGGAUAACGCAGUGGAACGACUAUUUAAAAAAACGAACAAGAACAUUCCAAUUAUCAUGUGGACCAGCACUUUGACGAAAAAAGAGCACAUCGCAAAAUAUUUGCCUAAAGACAAAUAUAUUAUUCAGAUUUGGACCACAGGAAGUGAUCCACAAAUUGAUGAGCUGUUGAGUGAGGGUUAUAAACUCAUAUUGAGUAAUUAUGAUGCUCUUUAUCUAGAUUGUGGUUUCGCUGGUUGGGUAACAGAUGGCAAUAACUGGUGCUCCCCAUAUAUAGGAUGGCAGAAAGUUUAUGAUAAUAAUCCACGCAAAAUUGCAGGUUCCAAGGUUAGUCAGAUUCUUGGAUCAGAAGCAGCUUUAUGGACUGAACAGGUAGAUUCCACUUCAGUGGAUUCCAGGUUAUGGCCUAGAGCAGCAGCAAUGGCAGAGACCUUAUGGUCUGAUCCUCAAACCUCAUGGCGAGAAGCUGAAAGCCGAUUUCUUAUUCACAGGGAACGAUUAGUUAGAAGGGGAAUAGAUGCAGAUGCCCUAGAGCCUGAGUGGUGCCUACAAAAUGAAAAUGAGUGCCCGAUCAAUAAAGUGUGAUCAAUGAUUUGAGGACUUUUAUGAGAAUAUUGAUGAGCAAAUUCUUUAUUUUAAUAAGACUUCGACUGAAUUGUUUUUCAAAUAAAUAAAUAAAUAGCGAAUCA